GCUGAGCCAGAGGAGCUGAAGAUGAAGAGCAGUCUGUCUCUGGCGGCGGCUGCCUUCCUGGCACUGCUGCUGUCCUCCUCUCAGGCCCAGGACCAGGACCAAGUUGACCCUCCGUCAGAUUUGAGGUUUAAGAUUUUAAAUGAAAACACAGUGCAAAUGAUCUGGACCAGACCACAGUCGAGGAUACAGGGCUACAGAAUACAAGUGACCUCAGACACAGAUGAACCAACAAAAGAAUUUAAUCUGCCUGCGUCUGCGACUAAGACCUCCAUCUCAGACUUGAGUCCAGAUGUGGAUUAUGCCGUAACGAUAACUGCAUACGCCGGAUCAGCGGAGAGUCUGCCCAUCUCCGGCCAGAUCACAAGUGAGUCAUCGUGUCCCUCAGUUCGAGUCAAGUGGCAGCUCGAGAGGAACUUCCAAGAAACCAGACGCUUCAGACUCAAAUGCUCCACGGGUGCCAUCGCUGACGUGGUGUUCUUGGUGGACGGCUCAUGGAGCGUGGGCAGGCCGAACUUUAAAUUCAUCCGCACCUUUAUCUCAUCGGUGGCCGGAGCCUUUCAUAUCGGAGAGGAAAGGACCCGUGUGGGCGUGGUACAGUACAGCAGCGACACCCGGACAGAGUUCAACAUGAAGGAUCACCUGACGCGACCGGCGCUGCUGCGUGCCAUCGGUUCACUGCCGUACAAAGGAGGCAACACCAUGACAGGCGACGCCCUCGACUACCUCUUGAAAAACACUUUCACCGAGGCAGCCGGUGCCAGGAAGGGUUUUCCCAAAGUGCUGGUGAUCAUCACAGAUGGCAAAUCUGAGGAUCCAGUGGAGACUUACGCCAAGCAGCUCAGGAACAGGGGGGUGGAGAUCUUUGUCCUCGGGAUCCAAAAGGCCGAUGAAGAUGAGAUGAAGCUUAUGGCCUCCGCACCUUACAGAAGUCACAUCUAUAAAGUCGCCAACUUCGACACGAUCAAGACUGUACAAAAAGAGCUCAUCACCCAAGUGUGCGCUAGUGUGGACGAUCAACUCAACACACUCGUCAGCGGAGAAGAAGCCGUUGAGCCAGCCUCUAACCUCCAAGUCCUGGAGGCAGCCUCAAAGUCCAUGCGGCUUACCUGGGACUCCUCCAUCGGCGACGUUUCAGGAUACAAGCUGCAGUUUAUCCCCAUGAUGACCGGCAUGAAACGGCAGGAGCUGUACGUGGGGGCAAACCAGAACUCGGUGGUGGUCAAAGACCUUUCUCCAGACACUCAGUACCAGAUCAGUCUGUUUGCACUGAAGGGCCUGCUGCCCAGCGAGCCUGUCGUAGCCAUGCAGAAGACUGAACCAGUUAAACUAUCACUUGAAUGUUCUCUUGGGGUGGAUGUUCAAGCUGAUGUCGUCCUCCUGGUUGACGGUUCAUACAGUAUUGGUCUGGCUAACUUUGCUAAAGUAAGAGCUUUCUUGGAGGUGCUGGUGAACACCUUCGACAUCGGAAUAGACAAGGUCCAGAUCAGCUUGGUCCAGUACAGCAGGGACCCCCAUCCCGAGUUCUACCUGAACACUCACCAUGACUUGAACGCUGUGGUCAAAGCUGUGAGGACUUUCCCGUACCGAGGUGGCUCUACCAACACUGGCAGGGCCAUGACCUAUGUGAGGGACAAGAUCUUUCAGUCCUCCAAGGGGGCACGUACUAACGUUCCCCGUGUUACCAUCCUCAUCACUGACGGGAAGUCUUCAGAUGCCUUCCAUGACCCGGCCAGCAAAUUGAAGAAAGCUGAUGUGGAGAUUUUUGCAGUUGGUGUUAAGGAUGCUGUACGAACUGAGCUUGAGGCCAUUGCCAAUGAGCCUGCAGAGACCCAUGUGUACACCGUGGAGGACUUUGAUGCUUUCCAGAGAAUUUCCAAAGAACUCACACAGUCCAUCUGCUUGAGGAUCGAGCAGGAACUGCGCAAUAUUCAGCAGAGACGACUGGUCCAACCUAAGGCCCUGACCUUUUCAGAAGUGGGCUCCCGAAGCUUCAGAGCCACCUGGGAGAUAGACUCCACCAGUGUUGAGUCCUUCUUGGUUAAAUUCAAGCCUGCAGAUGACAGCGACGCACAUUUUGUGUCCAUGUCUGUUCCUGGAAACACCCUUACUGCCGUCCUCCCCGGCCUCAUCCCGGUCACCCGCUACGAAGUCAACAUUUACGCUCAAUACGACAGCACAGACGGUUCAGACAGCUUGCCUGUGAGGGGCUAUGAGACCACGAUAGAAGAACAAGGCCCAGUGCGCAACCUGAAAGUAUCUGAAGAGACGACAGAGAGCUUCAGGGUGACAUGGCAACCAGCUCCAGGACCUGUCACUCGCUACCGCUUGACCUAUGAACCUGAUGGUGAUGAGAGAUUGCGGCGGGAGACGACCACUGCUGGUUCCGAUACGACGAUUGUACUGCCUAAUCUUCAGCCUCAAACCACCUACCGCGUCACCGUCACUCCUGAAUACGAGUCCAGCUCUGGGGAGCCGCGCCAGAUUGACGGCACCACCAAAGAAGCCAAGGGUUCCCCUACUGACCUGAAGGUUUUCGACGAGACCGUGUCUUCCAUGAAGGUCUCCUGGGAUCCAGCACCGGGUAACGUCCUCCAGUAUCGUGUGGCAUACAAACCCUCCGCCGGCGGCCCCAGAAAGGAAGUAUCGGUGAAGGGUGACAACACGGCGACCCUCCUGAAGAACCUGCAGCCGGGCACCGAUUACGACAUCUCGGUCAGCGCACGAUACAUAUCCGGUGUGGGCGACCCUCUGCAGGGACAAGGCACCACGCUAGAAGAGGUUGGCCCUCCUAAAAACUUGGUCACCAGUGAUGUCACCGACUCCAGCUUUGCAGUUUCCUGGACGCCGGCUCCCGGGAACGUGAAGAUGUACCGCAUCCGAUGGAAGUCGCUGCUUUCCGAGGAGACUGGAAAUAAAAUGGUGCCAGGAAGUGAAACCAACACGGUGCUGGACAGUCUGAGUCCGGAGACCCUCUACCAGGUCUCUGUGGUCGCAGCCUACGGUCACAAAGACAGCGACCCACUCACGGGACAGGAAACCACUGAUGCCUCUGCUGACGGUAAACGGCUGACCGUGUCAGACGAGACCGAGCGCACCAUGAAAGUCGCGUGGACGCCGGCGCCAGGCAAGGUGGCCAACUACCGUCUGAAGUACGCUCCCAUUACCGGAGGCAAAGAAGUCGUCCUCAAGAUCCCCGGAGGCGUCACCUCGACCGUCAUGAAGCGCCUGCAGGCCAUGACCACUUACAACAUCACCGUUCACCCCAUCUACAAGCGCGGGGAAGGAAAAGCAAGGCAAGGAGUAGGAACGACACUGUCGCCCUACAAGUCUCCCAGGAACCUUCAGACCUCAGAGCCCACCAAGACCAGUUUCAGAGUCACAUGGGAUCCAUCUCCGGGAGAAGUUAGGGGAUACAAAGUGACGUUUCACCCAUCUGGGAAUGAUGUGGACCUUGGGGAACUGCUUGUCGGCCCCUAUGAUAACACCAUUGUUCUCGAGGAACUGAGGGCAGGAACAAAGUACUCUGUGGCAGUAUUUGGGAUGUAUGAUGGAGGACAGAGCAUGCCUCUGUCCGGAGAGGAGAAGACGACUCUCUCUGACGCUCCUGAGCCUCCUACUCUCUCUGCAGGCAAUCAGUGUGUGACCACUGCGAUGGCCGACAUCGUGCUGCUGGUCGACGGCUCCUGGAGUAUCGGCCGCAUCAACUUCAAAACCAUCCGCAACUUCAUCGCUCGUAUGGUCAGCGUGUUUGACAUCGCACCUGACAAAGUCCAGAUUGGUCUGGCUCAGUACAGUGGAGAUCCGAAGACCGAGUGGCACCUGAACGCCCACCCGACCAAGGAGUCUCUUCUUAAUGCCAUCGCCAACCUGCCGUACAAAGGAGGAAACACCAUGACAGGAAUGGCUCUGAACUUUAUCCACGAUAACAACUUCCAAAUCAACGUGGGAAUGCGUCCUGAAUCCCGUCGGAUCGGUGUCCUGAUCACUGACGGAAAGUCCCAGGACGAGAUCGUCUUCAACUCACAGAAGCUGAGAGACAGCGGCAUCGAGCUCUACGCCAUCGGUGUGAAGAACGCCGACGAGAAUGAGCUGAAGUCCAUCGCCUCCGACCCUGACGAGAUUCACAUGUACAACGUCAACGACUUCCAGUUCCUGGUGGACAUAGUUGACGAACUCUCCAACAACUUGUGCAACAGCGUCAAGGGUCCAGAGACCAUACUGGCUCCGCCCACCAACCUGGUGACGUCUGAGGUGACCCAUGAGUCCUUCCGAGCCACCUGGAUGCCACCCAGCAGCCCCGUGGACAACUUCCGCAUCGUCUACAUGCCGGCGGCCAAUCCCACACAGGAGUUUCAGAUGACGGUCGACGCCACGGUCUUCACCGUAGUGUUGGAGAACUUGACCCCAAAGACCGAGUACAUCGUCAACGUCUUCUCCGUCAUCAGCGAGCAGCUCAGCGAGCCUCUGAAAGGCACCGAGACCACCUUGCCGCUGCCAGCUGUGAAGUCCAUGGAUGUGUUCGAUGAGACCAUGAGCACCAUGAAGGUCCGCUGGGUGAGAGUGGAGAAGGCCACGGGCUACAUGCUGCGCUACAAGUCCGUCAACGCCUCCGAGCCUCAGCUGGAGAAAGAGGUGCGUGCCGGAGCCGAUUCCAGCGACGUCCAGCUGGUGCAGCUGAUACCCAACACGCAGUACUCCAUCAAUCUGUUCGCUCUGUACGGCGAAGCUGUCAGCGACCCUCUGAACGGGAAAGGAGUCACCUUGCCCAUUCCUCCUGCUGGAGACCUGAGGAUCACUGACGUUACUCACAGCACCAUGAAGCUCAACUGGGACGCUUCUCCCGGAGCCGUCCUCAAGUACAUCGUCACCUACAAACCAGACGGAGGAGAACUCAAAGAGGUCGGAGUCAACGGUGACGUCACGACACUGGACCUGUCCAGUCUCAUCUCCCAGACUGAGUACGACGUGGCCGUUACCCCGGUGUACGCCGAGGGACCUGGGACCCCGAUGCUGGGAAGUGCAACCACAGGUGUCGUUCCUGCCCCAAAGAACCUGAAGUUCUCCGAGGUGACCCAGACCUCCUUCAAAGCCUCCUGGGAGCACGGAGCCCCCGAUGUGGCCCUUUACCGCAUCGGCUGGACCAAGAAGGGAGAAAGCGACUUCAAAUUUGCCAUCCUGAACAGCGAUGAGACCGACCACAUUCUACCCGACUUGGACCCCGACACCGACUACGACGUCACGGUUACCGCCAUCUACCCGGACGAGUCUGAGAGCGAAGACCUGAUGGGAACGCAGCGCACCCUGUUAUCGGCUCCGGAGGUGCUUCCAGAGCCUCCUCAGAACUUGAGGGUUUUCAACGCCACCAUCUCCACACUUACGGUGAAGUGGGAUCCCGCUCCCGGCCCCGUCCAGAACUACAAGAUCACUUACGAGCCAACUGCUGGAGGAGACCCAAUCACAAUUCAGGUCGGAGGGAAGAAGACCACGACUGUCCUGACGAAGCUGGAGCCCAACACACCUUACACCGUCACUGUGGUGGCCGUCUAUGAAAUCGGCACCAGCAAAGAGAUCUCUGGAGAAGGAAAGACCAAGCCGCUGGGUUAUGUGAGGAACCUGCAGGUUACUGAUCCCACCACCAGCACCCUGAACGUGCGCUGGGAGCCGGCGGAGGGCAACGUCCGCCAGUACCGCAUCUUCUACGUGCCUGCAUCCGGCGGCGCCGAGGACAUGGAGCAGGUAUCAGGCGGCACCACCAGCACCACCCUGAGGAACCUGCUGUCGGACACUCCCUACACCGUUACAGUGGUUCCAGUUUACCCCGAGGGAGAAGGUCUGCGCCAGUCUGACGACGGAAAGACACUCCCACGCAUACCACCCAGGAACAUCCAGGUGUACAACCCAACCCCCAACAGCCUGAACGUGCGCUGGGAGCCCGCCACAGGCCAGGUUCAGCAGUACCGAGUCACUUUCAACUCCCUGAGCGGAGCCACAUCCUCAGGCUCGGUCCUGGUUCCAGGAAAUAUUAACAAUGCCUUCCUGGACAACCUGAUCCCAGAUACUCCUUACUCCAUCACCGUCGCACCUCUGUACGCCGACGGAGAGGGAACACCUGUGAAUGGCAACGGCAAAACACUGCCCCGUGCCGGUCCCAGGAACAUGCGUGUGUUUGAUGCCACCACCAACACCCUCACCAUCGGCUGGGACCACGCAGAGGGUCCUGUGAGGCAGUACAGGAUCGCCUACGCUCCCAUGACCGGAGACCCCAUCACUGAGUUUACUGUUGUUCCUGGGAAUAGAAACAACGCCAUGCUGCAGAAUCUGCUCCCCGACACUCCCUACAACAUCACCGUAGAGGCCAUCUACGCCGAGGGGCCCGGAGGAAAUCUGAACGGAAACGGACGCACAGUCGGCCUGCUGAGUCCAAGAAACCUUCGUGUCUCAGAUGAGUGGUACACCCGUUUCAGGGUGGCCUGGGACCCGGUGAACGCUCCCGUCCAAGGAUACAGACUCAUCUACACGCCUGAAGGCUCAAACCAGACCAUUGACUUCUUUGUGGGCGACGUGACCUCUUACACUCUGCACAACCUGCUGCCUGGAACCACCUACGAUCUCAAAGUGAUCGCUCAGUACACCGGCGGCAUGAGCGCCCCGCUCGACGGGCAAGGAACCACAUUGUACCUGAACGUGACCAACAUCGAGACCUUCAACGUGGGUCACGACAAGUUCUGCAUCAAGUGGACUCCCCACAGAGCGGCCACGUCCUACCGCAUCAAACUCAACCCAUUGGACCGUAAUAAAGGACAACAUGAGAUCACCAUCCCUGCAGGACAGCCUCAGUACUGCUUCGAUGGACUCUCUCCUGAUGCUCUGUACAGCGCCACUGUCUUCGUUCAGACCCCGAACCUGGAGGGACCAGGAGUCAGCACCAAAGAGAGAACCUUGGUGAAGCCGACUCCAGUUCCAACGCUCCCACCGACCCCGACCCCUCUACCCACAAUCCCCCCUGGAUGGGCAGUUUGCAAAGGUGCCAAAGCAGAUGUGGUGUUCCUCAUCGACGGCUCCUGGAGUAUCGGAGAGGAGAGCUUCCUCAAAGUCGUGAACUUCGUCUACGGCAUGAUCGGCGCCUUUGAUGUCAUCGGACCCUCAGGAAUGCAGGUGUCAUUCGUGCAGUACAGCGAUGACGCAAAGAUAGAGUUCAAUCUGAAAGCCUAUCAAGACAAAGGCAUCGCCAUGGCAGCACUUCAUCACAUCCAUUACCGAGGAGGAAACACCAAAACAGGAGUGGCUCUCAAACACACGUAUGAAAAGGCCUUCUCUGCUGGCAACGGCAUGAGGAGAAACGUCCCCAAGGUGGUCGUAACCGUCACUGACGGACGCUCUCAGGACGAAGUGAAGAAGAACGCCGCCAAGCUGCAGCACGCAGGUUACAGUGUUUUUGCCAUCGGUGUAGCAGACGUGGAUUUCGUUGAGUUGCAGGGGAUUGGCAGCAAGCCCACCGACAGACACGUGUUUGUGGUGGACGACUUUGACGCUUUUGACACCAUUAAAGAAAACCUGAUUACGUUCAUUUGUGAAACAGCAACCUCUUCUUGUCCCUUGAUUUUCCUGAAUGGAUUCACUUCACCUGGCUUCAGGAUGCUCGAGGCGUUCAACCUGACAGAGAAGACCUACAGUUACACUAAAGGCGUUUCCAUGGAGCCCGGCUCCUUCAACAGCUACACGGCAUACAGACUGCACAAAAACGCCUUCCUGAAUCAGCCCUCAACAGACAUCCACCCUGACGGUCUUCCUCACGCCUACACCAUCAUCAUGAUGUUCCGCCUGCUGCCCGACACUCCCAACGAGGCCUUCGACAUCUGGCAGGUGUCAACCAAAGACCACAAGCCAGAAACCGGCGUCACCAUUGACCCCUCCAGCCAGACUGUGUCGUUCUACAACAAAGACGAGCGCGGCGAGAUCCAACGGGUCACAUUCGACGGCGAUAAAGUGAAGAAGAUGUUCCACGGAAGCUUCCACAAGCUCCAUAUCCUGGUUUCAUCCACCGCCGUCAAACUCAACAUCGAUUGCCAAGAAGUGGCUGAGAAGCCGAUCAAGGCCGCGGGGAACACAUCCAGCGAUGGCUACCAGGUCCUCGGCAAGAUGUCCAAGUCCAUCGGCUCCAAGGGAGAAUCAGCGACAUUCCAGCUCCAGAUGUUUGAUAUUGUCUGCAGCUUGGCCUGGACCAGCAGGGACAGAUGUUGUGACCUCCCAUCUAUGCGAGAUGAGCUGAAGUGUCCAUCUCUUCCAAACUCCUGCACCUGCGUCUCCGAGAACAACGGGCUCCCAGGGCCUCAGGGUCCAGUGGGUGCACCAGGUAGCAAAGGUCCCAGAGGUGAAAGGGGAGAAGCCGGUGCUAUUGGACCCAUCGGCACACGGGGAGAUCUCGGACCACCUGGGCCCAUGGGUUUGCCCGGCCCUCAAGGACCAAGCGGGCUGUCGAUUCCAGGAGAGGCUGGCCGCCCUGGACCAAAGGGAGACCCCGGUGACUCUGGCCUACCUGGACAGAAAGGUUCACCUGGGCCUGCCGGUGGCGUCGGACCGAUCGGACCAGCUGGAGUGAGGGGCCCUCAAGGAAAGGAGGGACCAGCUGGACCCAGAGGCCCCGCAGGGCCAAUGGGACCUCCAGGAUCUCCAGGAAUACAAGGUUCUGCAGGAAAACCAGGAAAUCCCGGAGACUCUGGUACUCCUGGCUCUAUGGGUCCCAAGGGAGACAAAGGAGAGAGAGGCGACUUUGCUCCUCAGAACAUGAUGCGAUCCAUUGCCAGACAAGUUUGCGAGCAGCUAGUAAACGCACAAAUGACUCGUGUCAACACAUUACUGAACCAGAUCCCCAACGGCAUGUAUCGUAGCAACCCCGGCCCUCCUGGCCCACCUGGAGCUAACGGCAGGCAGGGACCUCGCGGAGAGCUGGGCCCCGCAGGAAGGAACGGCCAACCCGGAAGUCCAGGUUUACCCGGCCAGCCAGGAGAGAGAGGUCCUUCAGGAGAGAAGGGCGAACGAGGGACAUCAGGAACUGGACAGAAAGGACCGAGAGGGCCCGCUGGCCCACCAGGAGAAAGCAGGACAGGAUCUCCAGGCCCUUCAGGCUCUGCCGGACCUCGCGGUCCCCCCGGACGUCCAGGUUACGCCGGAGUCCGCGGGCCUCCCGGACCUCCUGGAUACUGCGACUCUUCUCAGUGUGUCGGUAUUCCUUACAAUGGGCAAGGAUACAUAGGCCAAUAUCCAUCCGAACCCGACACCCAAGUAGUCCCGGUCCCCGAGGAGGAGGAUGAUUGGCAAAACCGGCGUCGAAAGAGAUCACUAUCAAGAAAGGCAUCCAACAGGCUAACAUCAUAAGACAAGCCAUGUUCACUUUUUCCUUUUCUUUUGUUUUUUUUUGUUUUUUUUUUCAACCUGUGUUUGUUGUUGGAAUAUGAACAUUAUACACAGAAAAAAAAGGGGUUUGACACCUCGACUUUAUUGGGAAAUACCUUUAAAUGCCUUAAAACGUAUGUGAAUAUUCAUUUUUGUGGCAGGUGAAGGGCUUGGACAAAGGGAGGGAGUUUGGGGGGCGAUUGCUAAGCAAAAAAAUAAUAAUUUUCUUUUUAAAAAUGGAAGAAAAAAAAAUCCAUGAAAACCUGUGAGCUUUUCUUUUUCCACUUGUCUUUUGCUUGUAACAUAUUUGCAUUGAGUUUGUAUUAACUAGCAGUGUUGAACAGUGCACUCAUUGUAACAAAGCUAGCGAUGGUAGUGGAGGGAUGAAAAUGUUUGUUGACAGUGUUGGGACAUCAGGUGAGAAAUGAUUAUUGUUUUCUGUCACAGUUCAUCCAUUAUGUUAAAUAUAACCCUUUUCAUUCAGUGUCGUCUUCCAAGGAGGUUCAGUUUCAUUAUGGCAGUUAAACACAGCUUUCAUUUUGUAUCUCUAAACUUAAUAUUUAUCAGUUUUCCUUUAUUCCGUCACAGCUAAUUUUACCAAAGGUAAUUGCAUGUCUGUGGUGUAUAUUUAGUACAUGUUUUUGUUUCAUUUCAUUUUUGUUUUUAACCAGAAUAUAGUUGUUGUCAUUCUUGUCAUUUUCUCAGUAUCGAAUGCAGUCAAAACCUGCAUGCAACACUAUGGAAAUGGUAUUGCUGCUUCUUGUUUUAACUGCAGAUUGUGAAUUCCACAGCCUUAUUUUCUUAUUUAUUUCUGAAAACAGAAGAGGCAUUUUUCAAUAAAACUACUGAA